GGAUCUACCAGUAACCCCACAAGGAUACUACUCCGCGAGGCACCUCUCUCUCUCUCUCUGUGAGUUUCGUGCGAUCUCGCGAGCGAAUCCGGCGCGCGACCCAGGCUCUCCAAGAUCCCCGCGCUCUCCUCUUCGGUUUACUGAUCUGAAAUCUCUGCGUCGAAUCACCUGUUUGUUGGCUUGAAUUGCUUGUCCGCGUCGUUGAUUUCGUUGUGGUUUCUUGAUCUUCGGUGGAAUUUCUUUGCGUUGGAUUGUCUCCACCCCUGUUGGUUUCUUGUCGAUUCCCGAUUUGAGUUGUUCGUUGGCGUGAAAAGGAUUCUUUUUUUCCCCUGAGAUUUCUUGAUUUUUGGUGAAAUUUCUUUGGUGUUGAAAUAUCAUCGCCUUUUGGUUUCUUAUCGAUUCCGUCGUUCCGAUUGGAGUUGUUCGUCGGCGUGAAUUUUUUUUUCCUGAUUCAUCGUUGCUUGUUGAUUGGGGAUCGAAUUUUUCGUCUACGAUCCAUCUUAUUCGUGGUAGCAGUAUCUCUUCUUGUUGCUGCGCUGUGCCCUGUUUAUUUGUUUCUGCUUGUUGCUUCUGACCCAUGGAUGCAGGUUCGCACUCGAUCUCAUCGGAGAAGAGCAGCCGGUACGUGGCGCCGCGACAGCCACUCCAGGAGGCCGGAUCCAGACCGUACAUGCCAUCGCUGAGCACGGCGUCCCGCAACCCGUCAGCCAAGUGCUACGGUGACAGGUUUAUUCCGGACAGGUCGGCGAUGGACAUGGACAUGGCGCACUACCUGCUGACGGAGCCGAGGAAGGACAAGGAGAACGCGGCGGCGUCCCCGGCCAAGGAGGCGUACCGGAAGCUGCUGGCCGAGAAGAUCCUCAACAACCGCACCAGGAUUCUCUCCUUCCGCAACAAGCCGCCAGAGCCCGAGAGCAUCCUCACGGAGCUCCGUGCUGAUGCGGCUUCCAUCCAAGCCAAGCCGGCGAAGCAGCGCCGAUACAUUCCUCAGUCUGCCGAGAGGACUCUGGAUGCUCCAGAGCUUGUUGAUGAUUACUACCUCAACCUACUGGACUGGGGAAGCAGCAAUGUGCUAUCCAUUGCGCUGGGCAACUCGGUGUACCUCUGGGAUGCCACGAACAGUUCAACUUCUGAGCUUGUUACCGUCGAUGAGGACAAUGGCCCUGUCACCAGCGUAAGCUGGGCUCCUGAUGGCCGGCACAUCGCCGUUGGUCUCAACUCCUCCGAUGUCCAGCUCUGGGACACCAGCUCAAACCGACUGCUGAGGACGAUGCGAGGCGUGCACGAUUCGAGGGUCGGUUCGCUGGCAUGGAACAACAACAUCCUCACAACUGGUGGAAUGGAUGGCAAGAUUGUGAACAAUGAUGUGAGGAUCAGGAACCAUGUUGUGCAGACAUACCAGGGGCAUCAGCAGGAGGUGUGUGGCCUCAAGUGGUCAGGAUCAGGGCAGCAGCUUGCCAGUGGUGGCAAUGACAACCUCCUGCACAUAUGGGAUGUGUCCAUGGCAUCCUCUAUGCCGUCUGCUGGCCGCACCCAGUGGUUACACAGGCUUGAGGAUCACUUGGCUGCUGUGAAGGCUCUCGCGUGGUGCCCAUUCCAGAGCAACCUGCUGGCAUCUGGUGGUGGUGGGAGUGACCGGUGCAUCAAGUUCUGGAACACACAUACCGGCGCAUGCCUCAACUCGAUCGACACUGGGUCACAAGUGUGCUCGCUGGUCUGGAACAAGAAUGAGAGAGAGCUGCUAAGCUCACAUGGAUUCGCUCAGAAUCAGCUCACUUUGUGGAAGUACCCGUCAAUGGUUAAGAUGGCUGAACUCACUGGCCAUACCUCUCGUGUCCUUUUCACGGCUCAGGUUAUCUUUUGCUCCUUGUACCUGCCGUUUAAAUUGACAAAUAUUGCUCUGAACAGAUUGCUGAUUACUUGUCUUGUGGUAAUCUUGCAGAGCCCUGAUGGUCUCACAGUAGCAUCUGCUGCAGCAGAUGAGACCCUGAGAUUCUGGAACGUAUUUGGGGCUCCUGAAGCACCCAAGACUGCAACCAAGGGUUCCCACACUGGGAUGUUCAACAAUUCCAACCACAUUCACAUCCGUUGAGGAACACAAUACCCUUGGUUCUGUGAUCCAGUCAUAACUUACAAAGAAGCAGACUUGGUGUGAAGGGUCAUUUGCAGGAGAGAUCAUCUUACAUUAUUAGCAGAAGAGUUAGAUUUUGACAUGUUGUAUAUAAGGUUUUGUGCUAUGUUGAUAACAAUUUUAUGUACAUCAAGACCGGUUUGAUGUAUUGAUUGGCGUAGAAAAAAUGUAAAAAAAUUGCUUUUCUGCCAGUAAUAUACAUUUUUAUAUACUUGCCAGGCUUUUCUUGUAGUAAGUUCCUCUCGUUGUGUAGUAACUUGUAAUUUGAUUGAUUUUACUCUCGAGCCAAUUGAGAUGUCUGGUAACCAGGAAAUUGCUGA